AUGGGUCGCCUCACGACGGUGUUCUCCGCCGUCUUCCUGGCCAUCGGAGGUUUCCUCUUUGGCUAUGAUUCCGGUAUCAUCACCUCAACGAUCGCCCUGGAAACGUUCGAAGCGUACUUUAGCAAUCCGUCAGAUACCGUCGCCGGCGGCAUCGUCUCAGCCUUCCAAGGUGGCGCGAUUUUUGGCACCAUCAUUAACAUGCUCUUCGCCAACAAGAUCGGCCGGCGCAACACCAUCUUCGUCGGUUCCGUGAUUUCGUGUCUCGGCUCUGCUCUGCAGGCUGGCGCCGUCAACAUGGUCAUGCUAAUCAUCGGCCGCUUCAUCGGAGGUGCUGCCGUCGGCAUGGUUACCUCGACGAUUCCCAUGUACGCCUCUGAGUUGUCGGAAGCCAAGUACCGUGGUAUCCUGUCCGGCUUGCUACAGUGGAUGUUGAGUUGGGGAUUCUUGGUCGCCCAGUGGCUUGGAUAUGGAUGCUCCUUUGUCAAGACUGACUUCUCUUGGCGUUUCCCUCUCGCCUUCCAGGCUGUACCCGGUAUCAUUCUCGUCACCGGCAUCUAUUUCCUCCAAGAGUCUCCGCGUUGGCUGAUGGAGCGAGACCGACAUGAAGAUGCCCGCCGAUCGCUCGGCAAACUUCGAAGCGGUCUAGACGAGGAAACCAUUGAUCUCGAAUUCCGGGAGAUUCGCGACGUCAUCUUGGCUGACCGCGCCCUCGGUAAUAUUUCGUGGAAGUCCAUCAUCACCAAACCUUCAUGGCGCAAGCGUCUUUUGCUGGGAUGUGGUGUUCAGGCCUUCGGACCUCUUUCAGGCAUCAACGUGAUCAAUUAUUACGGACCUAGAAUUUACAAGAUUCUCGGCAUUGAUACCCAGACCUCGCUGAUGAUUAUCGGCAUCAGCGGUGCGCUUUCAAUUGUCUACUGCAGCAUUGGUCUAUGGCUUCUCGACCGUGUCGGCAGAGUCAAGCCCCUGAUCGUCUCCGCAGCCGGCCUCGGCGCUGCCCUGCUCGUCAACGCGGUACAGGCACAAUAUCUCAACGAGAACAACGCCGCCCAGCUGCGAAGUAUGGUAGCCAUGAACUUCGUCUUCAGCAUGUUCUAUACCCCGCUCGGCAUCAUCAGCUGGGUGUAUCCCGCCGAGAUCUUCCCCGUCGAAGUCAGAGCGCUCGGAAACGCCAUUACCACCUUCACCAACUGGACCGUCAACCUCAUCUUUGCGCAAAUCUCCCCCGAGGCGUUGACCAACAUCGGAUUCCGCUAUUUCUACGUCUUCUUCGUUUUCAACUUGAUCGCUAUGAUGUGCUACAUCUUCUUCUUCCCCGAGACCAAGGGUAGAACGCUUGAGCAGAUGGAUGAGCUGUUUGGCGACCAGUUGGUGCCUCAUGCUAUGCAAGACUCUGUCGGGGCUGCUGCUGCAGUUGCCAAGGAUGAGAAGCUGGUGGAGCAGCUUGAUCAUGUUUGA